AUGGUUCGUGCGUGCUUGGAGGUUGUCAAGGUCACGGCUGACGGCCACAGGACAAGUUACCUUGCACGCAAGAAAAGAAUCAAUUCUCCACUCCCAUCGUCGAGAAUAUUCGAGGACUCGGAAUCCAACGCGAUAGAAGACCUGGUUAGCCCAAGACCCCAAGACGACGACCUCCUCCAAACACUCGAUUCUCCCGCUGGCCCCUCUCUUGACAUAUCUUUCAGCCCGACGGAACAGGUCGCGGAUUUCGACAUGCUCUUCUUGGAUCUCAACGCCAUCGUGGAUCCCAAGCACCUCAUGUCGGCCGAUCCCGGCGCGAUAGAGGAGAAUGCCGAGGCCGUUUUGCCAAACUUUCUUGAUCUUGCAUCAGACAAUUUUGGCUCCGCAGACAUUCUUUCUAAUCAAGACCCGGAUGCACUAGUUGCAGCUGAGGACUCGUGGAUCUCAGCCCUGGAUCUAGCUGUGAGCCCUUCGUUUCAGCUAAACGGACAUGGCCCCUUCAACCUCUAUCGACAACCAGCCAUCCGAGAUAACAGCCCAGAGAGCAUUGCCAUGCUCUACGACAAUAGGAUAUGCGAGGUUCUCUACAUCAAGGAAGACCCGACCGGGAACCCGUGGCGUAAAGUGGUCUGGCCUCUGGCAAAGGAUCACCCUGCUCUAUACCACGCCAUCGCUGCCAUGACAUGCUUCAAUGGAGCCAACGGCCUGCCUCGACUUCGCGCUGAGGGUGUUAGGCACCUGGAAAACAGUAUGGGGAAGCUCUCGGUCGAGGCGAACGGCAGCAUGCGCCUCGAGGUGGCUCUCAUCGUCACGCUUGCUCUGAGCAUCGCUCAAACUUGGUACUACCCUCGAGCAUCAAAUGGCAUCAGCCAUAUCAACAAGGCAAAAGACCUCCUUCAGCAAGGUCUCUCCAAGGACCUUGCAUCACGGCCUCUAGAGGGAAAUCUCUGCUUGAGCUUUCUCGCCAACCUAUGGCUCUACAUGGAUGUCCUCACGAGAAUCACCUGCUCCAACGUCCAGGCUAUGGACUUUGACCUCAUGACUGCGUGCAGCUCAACAAGUCCUUGUCCCGAGCCUCAGGUCGACCCUCUCAUGGGAUGUGCUGGGACACUAUUCCCAUUGAUUGGUCGUGUCGCCGACCUUGUCCGACGUGUUCGCAAGACGCAGGAUAGACUCAACUCUCCCGCAAUUGUCGCUCGGGCUGUGGAACUCAAGAUGUCUAUCGAAUUUUGGACACCGUCCAUGAGCUUGGAAGUCGCUGGAGACGCUGAGUCCCUGACCCCAAAUGCUUCAGACUUGGUGCAGACAGCCAACUCCUACAAAUGGGCCACGCUACUUCUAUUGUACCAGGCAGUACCCGAGCUCCCCAUUCGAUUUUCUUUCUCGGAAAUGGCGCGCAAGGUGCUUGUGCUCAUCGCUACAGUUCCACUCCAUUCCCGAGCCGUCAUCUUCCACAUUCUACCCCUGAUGAUAGCCGGCUGUGAGGCAACAGAGGCAGAAGAUAGAGAUUGGAUCCGUGACAGAUGGGAAUCAAUGACCACCGGAAAUACGUCUGGGAUCGUGGAGAGGUGUUUAGAGUUGACGCUGGAGGUCUGGAGGAGGCGAGAUAGUUAUGGGAAGCACCGUCAAUCAUGUGAGGGAUCCAGCCACGGAAGGAUGGGCAACUCUCUUUUCUCGGCAGGAUUACGAGAUGCUGGAUUGGACUUUGAGCAAGGUAUGGUUCCUGAGAGCGGCUGUGAAAAUGAUUGUGCAUGUAUGCAACAAGAAUGGGAACUUCCCACAUCUUUUCUCAUGUUUGAUUCGAUUGCUCUAACUCAAGAAGACGCUUCAGGACUCAAGACAGACGCCAGGAACUACACGGUAAAAAGCAGGUUGCAUUGGUUAACCGUAAUGGAAGAAUGGGGCUGGGAAGUAAUGCUGGGAUGA